ACUCGUUAAUAAAGCAAUCUGGAGACAGGAGGCGUUGUAAACCGAGAAAGAUGCACACCGGGACAGAGUCAGUGCCUUCGCCAUUUCUGCCUUUCGGGUCACAACUUGUUUAGGUCCUAAUAGACACACGCACAUUCAUCAGCGAGAGAGAAGAGAAGCGGAGAAGCGACUGAGCCGCACAGGAAUCGACCCAUCCCCGAGAACUAGAUUUAAAAAGCCGGCCUGAGUAAAGAGGAACGAUAACCAGCGAUAAUAUCAUAGCAUGCACUGUGGGAUCGGCGGAGCAGACAAACUACCACUAUACAACAAAGCAAGGAGACUGGAAAUAUAACUGGGAAAGAUUGAAAUGCUUGUGCAGAGUUUCAGUACCAUAAGCGGGUAUUACAAGGCAAUGAAUCUUUAGUGAUUCGGAUUCACUGCCGUCUAUUGUAGUUUUUGGACCAGCACUGAACCACGAUUUUGGGAAUCUGUUGAUCCCUUCAGCACCCUCCCUCUGGUCCAUCAUAUCCCAAGAGAUACCCGAGCAAUAACCGCGAACCGAGCCCCGCUUUCAAAACACUGACUGCAGCAGAGAUCUGCAGGCGGUCACAUUCCGGGUCCAGAUUCCUGCGACACAGCAGCCGAGGGCAAGGGAAGAAUCCCUCAAGCCGAAACAUGUACUGCCGUGCCGGGGACGCGCUCUUCCUGUUAUUCGGGUUCCUGCUUGCUGUCAUCCACAGUCUGGAGAACACCACAGAGCACACAACAGCACUGAAACUGCCCCCCCAGGCCAUCGCGGUGCACUCUCACUUUGAGGACUGUCCCGACUCGCACAGCCAGUUCUGUUUGCAGGGAGCCUGCAGAUUCCUGGUGCAGGAGAAGAUGCCAGCCUGUGUGUGCUUCCCUGGGUUUAUGGGCUCCCGCUGUGAACACGCUGACCUCCUCGCCGUGGUCGCAGCCGAUCACAAGCAGCAGCCCAUCACCUCCGUGCUAGUGGGGGGCGUGGUGGGGAGUGUGCUGCUUAUCCUGCUGUGUGUGCUGCUGCACUGCUGUGAAAAGCGUGGCCCCUGUGUUUGUGGUCGGCCCCUGUCUUGUCGCCAUGAGAAACCAGACAGCUUGUUGAAGGGCAGGGCCUGCUGUCACCCGGAAACAGGUCCCGGGGCUCACUCCUGA